AUGAAGCUAUUCCUUGCCCAAUGCAGCCUGAAAGCCACUCGCUCUGUUCUUUCGGCGGCGUUGAACGUCUCUAAGCAAGCGAGUGGUGUCUUUGAAUUCCUGUUGCGCCAGUGCCCUGAUCCUGGAACCACGUCACCUAUGUUGUUUCACUACCUGCCACACGCUGUUCUGACUUCCUUGUGCCGGGCACUGGCACUCAGCUCGGCAUUUACCGCCGCACUCGCCUCUUCCAGGAUUGAUACACAUCUUCAUGUAUUGCCUCCUGCCUUUGCCGCCGCGAUCAAUGCCGCUGGCGGCGAUCCCACAGGAUACACAACUCCCUAUUGGACUCUUGAGGGCAUGAUUGCAUCCAUGGAUCGGACAAGCACAGACAUUGGCAUCAUGUCGGUCUCGGCACCCGGAGUCCAGAUUGCCGGCACUGGCCAAGCUGCCCGUGACCUUGCAAGGACAUGCAAUAAGUACCUGGCCACGACCGCAACCAAGUCCGCGUAUGGCAAACGACUGGGAUUCUUCGGUGUCUUGCCGGAUUGGCGCGAUGUAAAUGGUACAUUGGCUGAGAUAGACUUUCUGUACUCGACGCAAAAGUUGUGUAACGGUGUCACGGUGUUUACUACCUAUGGAGAUAUGCUUCUCGGCAACCCACUCUUCCUCCCAAUUUGGCAAAAGCUUCAGGACUACAAAGCUCUCAUAUUCAUUCAUCCGGAUAGCUUAUCGGUAGGCCCCAAGUUCAUCGCUGGCGGCCUGCCCCAGCCGAUUGUCGAUUUCCCGCUCGCCACUACCCGGACGGCGGUAGACUUGAUCAUGACCAAGACGCUGCGCAAGUUCCCGGAUAUUGACAUAAUCCUAUCCCACGCAGGCGGCACACUUCCUUUUAUUGCUAGUAGAGCAUUAGGCAGUCUUGCCGUACCAGAUAUUAGCCAGAUUAUCGGGUAUAGCAUGGCUGAUGCUAAGGCUGACCUUGGUCGUUUUUACUUCGACAUUGCCUUGAGCACUAGUGCUGCCCAACUGCAUGGACUUCUGGACACAGUAGAUGCAGACCACAUCCUAUUUGGGUCCGACUACCCUUAUGCUCCAGCCUUUGCCAUUGACGCUUUGCUGCUGCAGUAUGCACAAUUCGUGGCUACGGAUAAAAGAGGACCUCUAAUUCGUCCAGAAAAGCUUCGCGCGAAUUCCUUAUCUCUUCUUAACAAGCAUGCUUUGAUGGGGGCCUUGAAGUAA